GGAAGGUGGGAAAGGAGGGUAAGGGAAAAGAGAGAGAUAGAAGGAAGGAAAGCAAAUAGAAAGAGGAGGAAAACAAAAAUACAGGAGACAGAUAGAUACAGAGAGAGAGUGAGGAGAGCAUCGCCAGUCACUGCAGCAUCUAGAGGGAGAUCCUCCUGCUCUCCCCAGCUCCUUCUCCCGGUCUCUCUGUCUCUCUCACCCACCGACAGGCGAACCCCCCCUUCCCCCCCACCCCCUCCGGCCGGUUACUCGGUGAACACCAUGGCCGAUAAAGACGGCAAGAAGGACUUGGAGGAGGCAGAGGGAGGAUGGAAGCAGUUUAUCUACAACCCGGGCACUGGGCAGUUCAUGGGCAGAACCGCCAGCAGCUGGGCUUUGAUUUUUCUGUUCUAUCUGGUCUUUUACGGCUUCCUAGCUGGUCUGUUCAGUUUCACCAUGUGGGUGAUGCUUCAGAUGCUGGAUGACUAUACACCCAAAUAUCGUGACAGAGUUUCUAGUCCAGGUCUUGUGAUUAGACCAAAAGUGGGAUCUUCCCUGGAAAUUGUAUUUAACAAAUCUGAUUAUAAAUCUUAUGAAAAAUAUAUCAAUGCUCUUGACGGAUUUCUAAAACCUUAUGAUGAUUUGAUACAAGCACAAAAAAAUAUUCUCUGUCACCCCGGCAAGUACCUCAUACAGCCAGAUAUUAUAGCAGAGAAAAAGGCAUGUCAGUUUAACCGGACAACACUUGGUGACUGCUCUGGUAAUAACAAUAACACGUUUGGCUAUAACGAAGGGAAGCCGUGUGUCCUUGUUAAAAUGAAUAGAAUAAUUGGUUUACAGGCAGGUGGAGGAAGUAAUCCUGUAGUAAACUGUACAUCCAAGAAAGAGCCACAAGUGGAUAUAAAGUAUUUUGGAUCAUUUGAUAAAAUGUACUAUCCAUAUUACGGCAAAAAAGCCCACGUAAACUACUCUCAGCCUCUGGUUGCCGUAAAACUAAUGCUGGGUACCAACGAUACCAACAAGGAUUUAAUGAUUGAGUGUAAAAUCACCGGAACCAACCUGAAAAACGAUGAUGAUCGGGACCGAUUCUUGGGUCGAGUAUCCUUCAGAGUUCACGUGACCGAAUAGCAUGAGCAGGAGAGCUUGCACGAUGACUACUUUGUUGUCUUGUUUUGUUAUAAUGCGCUGGACCUGCCAUUGUAGAUGUGUGACCACUUUGAAGGGGGGAUGAGCUAGAUGGCAUUUUAUGGUAGCAUCAUGUUGUGCUUCCAGAUAUCAAGUGUUAAAACAAAUCCUAAAUAUAUAGCUGCCUGCCUUGCCCCAGCCCAACCCCCUGUUGGAUCAGUUUACGCACAUUUUAAGACAUCAUGCCAUAAUAAGGGACCUGUAAAUAGCUCUAAUUAUAACUUGGAAUAAUGGCGGUCUUUGUCCUUCUUGUGCUGUGAUUUUUGCCCCAAGUGUAUGUCUGAAGCUUGAUGUGCUGUUGCUGUGUACAUAUUUAAUGGACUUAACACAGGUUAACUUUCACAUAGACAAAUGGAACAUUUAGGAAGCAAGAUCAAAUGAUAUCCCAGGCUGGCCGUAAAUGAUUUUAUAACCUUUGCAGAAUUAUGUC